CUUUUUUUUUUGUCCUGGGAAAGGAAUGAUUGAUUGCUAUUCGCUAGGGAAAGCGAGAGGUAUGGCGAAUAAUGGCGUUACAUAGUUUGACCUUGUUAGGGCGAAAUUACAAGGGCGACAGCAGCGCGAGGGAGCUAACGGAUCUUCUUGCGUUUAUCUCAAAAAUCUUCUCACCCUCUUCCAUCGUCAUCCUAGUCACCGCUAGGAAAGGCAGUUUGAUUUGGACGAAUCGAACUGGCCCGAUCGCUGAUGAAUCGGGGAUAGCGAGGGCCGAUCCCUCGGGAAAUUUGGUCCUGAGAUGAAGGGAAGCUGCGACGUGGACGUUGGGACUACGGCGGCGGAGUCUUCUAUUCCGCCACCACUGGAAUGGAAAUUCUCGCAGGUUUUUGGGGAGCGGGCAGCAGGCGAGGAGCUCCAGGAAGAUUUUGAUACAGGUUCAAGUUCCUUGCAAACCAAUUGUUUUUAGGAUUUGUUAAACAUUGGUUGAUAUGAAUAGUUGUUUAUGACGAUUGUGACUACAACAACAACCAUCAAGUCUUAUCCUACUAGUUGAUAUUAUUUCAGCCAUUGAAUUUGACAAGUCUGGAGAUCAUCUUGCCACUGGUGAUCGAGGAGGGCGUGUUGUUUUGUUUGAAAGGACAGAUGUUAGACAUAAUGGUUUCCGAAAGGACUUGGAGAAGCAAGAUUGUCCAAUUACUAGGCACCCUGAGUUCUGCUACAUGACUGAGUUCCAAAGCCAUGAGCCUGAAUUUGAUUAUCUUAAAAGCUUGGAAAUAGAGGAGAAGAUUAAUAAGAUUAAAUGGUGUCAGACAGUCAAUAAUUCUCUUUUCCUUCUUUCUACGAAUCACAAGACUAUUAAGUACUGGAAAGUGCAAGAAAAGAAAGUGAAGAAGUUUUCUGAAACCAAUAUAGAUACUUCAGAAAAUGGGAGCAUUGCUAGCGCAAGUAUAACUGCUACAAGAUUUGUUCCGGAUGGUGCUUAUGCAGAAAGACCCCACAGCCACUUGAGCAAUGACUUUUCCAUCCCUCCCGGAGGCUCUUCGUUGCUUCGUCUUCCAGUGGCGACGAGUCAAGAGACAAGCCUUAUUCCUAAAUGCCGAAGGAUAUAUGCUCAUGCCCAUGAUUAUCACAUAAAUUCCAUCUCAACUAACAGUGAUUGUGAGACGUUCAUAUCAGCUGAUGAUCUGCGAAUAAACCUUUGGAAUUUGGAAAUUAACAAUCAGAGCUUUAAUAUUGUUGAUGUGAAACCUGCAAAUAUGGAGGAUCUAACUGAGGUGAUCACAUCUGCUGAGUUCCAUCCAACCCACUGUAACUUGCUGGCUUAUAGUAGUUCAAAGGGCUCAGUCCGGCUUAUAGACUUGCGACAAUCUUCUUUAUGUGACAAUCAUUCUAAGAUAUUUGAGGAACGUGAAGCUCCUGGUUCAAGAUCUUUUUUUACAGAAAUCAUUACAUCAAUUUCAGAUAUUAAAUUUGCAAAAGAUGGAAGACAUCUCCUUAGUCGUGACUAUAUGACUCUUAAGCUAUGGGACAUAAACAUGGAAGCUGGUCCUGUUGCAACUUUCCAGGUCCAUGAACAUUUAAGACCUAGGCUUUGUGAUCUUUAUGAAAGUGAUUCAAUCUUUGACAAAUUUGAUUGCUGCCUUAGUGGUGAUGGGUUGCAUGUCACAACUGGAAGUUACAGCAAUCUUUUUCGUGUAUUUGGUUGUGUUCCUGGCAGCAAUGAAGCAACCACUUUGGAAGCCAGUAAAAAUCCAAUGAGGCUGCAAGUGCAGAACUCAAAGUCCGCAAGAUCUAGCAGCUUAACACGGGUUGUUAGACGAGGAGCAGAAAGUUCUUCAGACUCUAACGGCAACUCAUAUGAUUUCACAUCCAAAUUACUCCAUUUAGCUUGGCACCCAACAGAAAAUUUAAUUGCUUGUGCUGUGAUGAACAGUUUGUACAUGUAUUAUGCAUGAAGAUACUAGGAACGGAAGUUUUCAUUUUUGCAUUUUUUUUUUGUUAUGAUUUGUUCCUCGAGGCACUUAGCUUUCGAUGUUCAAUGAGCUAGGUGUGGGAGCAUGUGAUUUUUUGCAUGCUCAGUGUGGUAAAAAAUUUGCUACCCAGGCUCAAUAGACAUUCUACUUUCCAUGGAAGCGUCUUCUGAUUAAUUUUGUGGGAGAGAUUGAAGAUCUUCACUAAAGUUUGACGGCACCCUUGUAGAUUGCUGCACCUAUUGCAGGUGUUUUCAUGUCUCAAAGCACGGGCUGUUCUGCAUCUGGAUGCCAGGGCAUCUGUACUUGUUGGACAUGUAUACCAGAGCUUGGGGAAGUUCUUCACUUGCAAAGCGUUCACAUAUAAUAUUAUACACGGAAAUCCUUCAGCUUUUUUUUUUUUUUAAUCUUUGGAAUAUAGUAUGUUUUCAGUUUAGAAAUUGCUCAGACAAUGUAAUCUUGUUGGUCAUUGAUAUUUAAUUUUUUUAAGCUGUCAAA